GUUGAGCUAUUCGUCUACAUUGGAGCAGUUUUUUUUUUUAUUUCAAACACAAGAUUCGUUAUUUUCUUUUCGUAAAAGUCUAAGAGGGUGAAAUGUCUAAGAGGGUGAGCAUAGUUUUGCCGGAUGCACCUGGUAUACCGACACGGUCUCGGUCCCCGUCUGGAUCCAAGUCUUCUUCCCGGCGCUCAUCAACGGCAUCUGCGAAAAGUGCGCUCAAAAGUCCCAGAGGUAGCACGGCAGGCAAGUCCCUGUCUGCACCUGAGCCUGAACCGGAGCCGAAGCCUGCACCUGAGCCGGAGCCAAAAGCGCCAGCUGAAUCGAGUGAGAGCGCCCUGGUAAAACUGUCCAUGACGGAUCUGUUCUCGGAUGGCUGUGAGCGCUACACAAAGGAUUGUUGUUGCUGCCACUGCAUCGCCGUGAGGCGUGCCCUCAGACAGGCCGCGUUUCUGAAAACGCCGGAGGGCAAGCAGCGACUGGAGCUGAAAAUGCACCUGAAGAACCUGCUAAUGGACAUCAAUUCGAUCACAGCAACACGCGACACGAUACAGAACCGGCUGCAUGGCACCAAGGAGUAUCCACCGCCGGCGACCAAGAGCUUUCCCAUAACCAUCACCCAUGUGGCGCCGAUAAGCAGCAGUUGCAUGUCCAUUGAGUGGUAUCUGCAUGACGAUUCGAAUAUUGUCCACUACGAGAUAUAUGUGGACAAUGCGCGUCGCAAGCGCGUCUUCAAUCCACAGCUGACAUCCACCGUUGUCCUGGAUGUGGACAUGAAGCGUACACACAAGAUUCGCAUGAGAGCGGUGCCCAGAAAAUGUCUCGGCGCACGUGCCAAUCCCAUUGACAGGCUGGUCCGAGAUGUCUGUUGCGGCGGUCUCGACAGGAUUCUUGAAGCCGACUACUUUUGUGAUUGCGCCAGAAAAAAUGAAUUGGAGAAAAUCAAAGAGGACUACAAGAAGAACUCCUGCCAGAAGCUGGUCGAUUUCUGGAAAGACAGCGAGUUCCUCUACAUACCCAUCUGCGACUGUCGCGGCGCAUGUACAUGCGACUGCUUCGCCGAGAAUUAUAAUGCGUGCUCUUAGACUCAACUAUGCAUUCGAUUUGAGCCCAAAAUUGGGUACACCUACAGAAAAUUUUAGUUUACACAAAAAUUAAUCCAAGUAAUUGUAAAAUAUUGUCAGACUUAUAUAUACAAAAUAAUAAAUGCUCAGGCAUGCGGGCAACUGAUUAAGAA